AGGGGGUGGAACAUCAUUCAUGGUCAAUGGGCGAAGUGGACAAAUGGAUUAAGACAAUGAAGUACAUCUGCUGAGCCAUCACACUGUUUUUGGAUGUUUAUGAAUACAAAGGAAAAUUAUUUGGGAGUGGAAUUCUGCCUUUGGAAUAUAAUGAAAUUAUGACAUCUUAACAUUGCAAUAAUAAGAAAAUAGGCCAGAUAUGAAAGCAUUGUGAAAUGUCCUGCACACAGAAUUUGUGAAACUGGAUACUACUGUUCUGCUACAGAGCACAACACAGCAGAUGCUGUCUAUAGCAGACAUGAGAACUGUGACAUGUUGGAGGAUUUCAGCCUUAUUAUUUAUUCUACAGCAAACAUGGAUAUUAGCUAUGGAAAUACCACCUGAUGUCAGACAACCUCCAAUGAUCUUCAAACAGAGUGUUCAAGAUCACAUCGUAGAUCCGGUUGAUCCGAUUAUAGUGGAGUGUGAAGCAACAGGCAACCCUCCUCCAGUCUUUACAUGGACGCGCAAUGGUGUGUACCUGAACGUAGCUCGAGAUCCCCAGGUCAGCAUGAGAAGACGUUCUGGCACGUUGGAGAUCUUCUUUUGGGGUCGUCCUGCAGACUAUGAGGGAGUGUAUCAGUGCACAGCGACCAAUGAGUUUGGCUCUGCUUUGUCAAGUUACAUCCACCUGCGUGUCUCUAAGGCCCGAACGUGGUUAAAAGAAUACCUGGAGCCAGUCUCAGUGGUGGUUGGACUUCCUCUUAUUCUUCCAUGUAAUCCUCCUGAAGGUCCUCCAAAACCUGAUACCUUCUGGUUGAACAGCACUAUGGCUCCAAUCCGUCAAGAUCGGCGAGUUUCCAAGGCAGAGAAUGGAGAUCUGUACUUCUCCAGUAUCGUAGCAGAAGAUGCUCUUACCAAUUACGUCUGUGUUGCUCGUUUCCCCUUCACAAACACCAUCCAUCAGAAGCCACCACUUAUUCUACAGGUGCUCACAGCUCGAAUGGCGGCCAACGCAGCACCCAAGUUCUUGAAACCUAAAGGAUUUAUGAGCACAACAAUUGCAAUGCUGGGCGAAGAACUCAUUUUGGAGUGUUUUGCUGCUGGAGUUCCGACUCCCUCCAUCAAAUGGACUAAGAAUGGGGGCGAGCUGUCCAUGACAGGGAAGAAAUUGGAGAACUUCAACAAGACGCUCAGGAUAAAGAAGGUCGUCAUGGAUGAUGGAGGAGACUACAUCUGCACCGCUUUCAACAGAAUGGGCAGUCUGGACCACACCAUCACUGUCAGGGUCAAAUCGGUUCCUUUCUGGGUGGAGAAACCUGAGAGUCUGGUGUUGUCGCGUGAUGACGGUGGCAGUAUUGUGUGUAGAGCUGAUGGUAUUCCUCGACCGCAGAUCCAGUGGAUGGUUAAUGGAGAGCCAAUCGAUGAAGCCCCUAAGAGCCCUGGCAGACAGGUGUUAGGAGACACUUUGACAUUUCGCUCUGUGGUUCCUGACAGCGUUGCAGUGUUCCAGUGUAACGCUUCAAACCCAUAUGGUUACAUCAUGGCCAAUGCGUUCCUGGCUGUGAUGGAUAUGAGACCACGUCUGUUGGGACCCAGAGAUGAAGUUGUUAAAUCAACAGAAGGCAAUCAUACUCUUUUAGACUGUCCGUAUUUUGGCUCUCCCAAACCCGACCUGCAAUGGUCAAAAGGUGGAAUAGGUUCCUUAGGAGGAGGUAAUUAUAGGGUUCUUCCAAAUGGCACACUAGAGAUCAAAAACACAAGGAUGCAAGAUCAGGGAACCUACGUUUGUGCUGCGAGAAACGUCAUUGGACAAGAUCAGAAGGAGGUUCAACUAGAGGUCAAAGAGCCCAUUAAAAUCAUUCGUGCCCCACACAAUACCACAGUCAUCAGAGGGAGUCUCGCCCGCUUUGACUGCAAGAUUAAUUUUGACCCGACUCUGGACAUUACUGUUACUUGGCUUAAGGACAAGAAGUUCUUGAUACUUGGAAGAAGGAUGACAAAGGAUGAAGAUACUCUGAGUAUUGCUGAUGUGUACAGAAGGGAUGAAGGCUUGUACACCUGCCGAAUUAAAAGUGAACUGGAGGAGGUCACUGUCUCAGCCAAACUUACUGUGAUGGACCGUCCAGAUCCCCCCACUGAUUUAGAGAUCUCUGACCCAUCAGAGAGGAGUGUUAGACUCACCUGGAUACCAGGACUGAGCCACCACAAUCCUAUAAAAGAGUACUUGGUUCAAUAUACUGAAGAUCUCCUUGCUGACUAUUGGCUGAUCCCCAGUGGCUGGAAGAACCUGACCAGUUAUCCUGGCAGCCUAAACUCUGUCGUUUUACAGCUGACACCAUUUGUGGAGUACCGAUUCCGGGUCAUUGCUAUAAAUGGUAUCGGACCCAGUAAACCUAGUUGGCCAUCUGCGUAUUACCAGACUGGUGGAGCAGUGCCUGAUGCCAUUCCAAGGAACAUCCAAGGACUGGGUACAGGAGUUUUCAGAAAUAACAUGGAAAUCAGCUGGGAGCCACUGGAAUACAGGGAGUGGAACGGCCCGAAACUAGGCUACAUGGUUUGGUGGAGACGCAGGGAUUCAAGGGAGGAGUGGAAGAACUACACAACAUAUUGGUGGUGCAGCUACAUCGUCUAUGACACCGACACCUUCACACCCUAUGAGAUUAAAGUUCAGGCCAUCAACUUCUUCGGCUAUGGCCCAGAAUCCCCUGUCAUCCUUGGCUACUCCGGAGAGGACCGUCCUAUUGCCGCUCCAUCUGAUCUAAGAGUAGAUGACAUUGAAAGCACAAAGCUGACGGUUCAUUGGGAACCAGUGGCACGAGCUGACAUCAUGGGUGAAAUAAAGGAGUACAAGGUUUAUUACUGGCGAGAAAGCAGCCGCCUGACGUCGCACAUUGUGAGCAGGAGAAUUAAGACGAAAAGUUUUAAAGCGAAUGGGCCACGUCUGUCUGGAACAUUGACUGGUCUUGUCCCUUAUAGUAACUACAAGAUGUAUAUUGUAGUGGCCAAUAAUCGCUUUGAGGGUCCACCUAGCCACACCAUUGAGUUUCAGACGCCCGAAGGAGUGCCAUCCAUUCCCAGAUCGUUUAGGAUAAUGCACCGGCACUAUGACACCAUCUAUCUGGACUGGGAGGAGCCUGCAGAACCCAAUGGCAUUCUGACCGGAUAUAUUCUUAAAUACCAGACCUUGAACGUAACACUUGGGGACCGAAUCAAGGUAGAAGACAUUCCUCCAAACAUCACCUACUUCUCUCUCCACCGCUUUGACCGAUACACACGAUACAAGUUUUCAUUGGCGGCACAAACGCAGGUCGGAGUCGGGGAGGCGUUUACGGAAGAAUCGCCACAUUUUACAACUGAGGAAUACGCUCGGGAGCAGGUGGACAUCGUGACGCAGGGCUGGUUCAUUGGUUUGAUGUGUGCGGUUGCCCUACUGGUUCUUAUCAUGCUUAUAGUGUUUUUCAUCAAGAGAACCCGUGGAGGAAAAUACCCAGUGCGAGACAAGAAAGAUUUUGCAUUGGAACCAAUGGAUGAUAGAGAGAACGGGACAUUUGACUACAGGUCUCUUGAGAGGAUAUCACGAAUGCCCACGCUGCCCUACUCCAGACGAGAGGAGGAAAGCUAUCAAGGACGCAGUCAAGGUUCAAUCGAGCACAUUGGAAGAAGGGCGAACAGUGAUGACAGCCUGAUGGAGUAUGGAGAGGGGGACGAGAUCGAGUUUAAUGAAGACGGCUCUUUCAUUGGAGAGUACACGGGCGUCAGCAAGAGGAACAUAGACAGGAGCCCAUACAAUGACAGCUCUGAGCCCACAUCUCCUGUGGCCAUCUAUUCUUUUGCUUAGAGCUCACGGUGGUCAAAUUACAGAACUGAGAGUGAUACGAUGCUCCACGUGACCUGUCGAACAGCGUUUUCAAAGGUAUUUGGGCAUAAAGCUAAAUGAGGCAGUGUUCCUGGGGAUUUUCCAAAUCACAAAUCAUGUUAUGAUUGAAAUCAAGGAAGCGAGACAAGGAUGUCCUGAUGAUUUUAUCAUGUUGAUAAGAAGACAGAAGAGCAACUUUGACUGAUGGAUAAGCUGGACAAACCUGUGUUUGUUCACCAAAGUUCACGUUUACUUGCGUCAAGAACUUCAGCAAUGCUUUGUCCUUUAAAAAGCAUUUAAUAUCACUGAUAGUUCUUACUAAUGCUUGAUUAUUUUAUAUUGCAAGAUACAUUUGUAUUUGUACGUUAAUUCUUUAUUAAUGUUGGUGACAUUAAUAAGAUACAGUCUACCCCUAAGCUGCUGGUUGUUGUACACUAAUUUAUUGUGCAUUGUGUUUAUCUUUCAAAGGUGUUUUAGUGCUUUAGUCAUUAAAAUGCAUGAGCUGAAUAAAUGACUGUGUCAGCGUGAAGCUAGCAGACCUACAA